GCAGCAGCAGCGGCGGCGGCUGGAAGCCCCACAGACAGACGGCAGCAGCGGAGGGAUGCGACGGCAGUUUCCACAGCUGCGAAAUGCUCCGAGCUCGUCUCAAAGUUCGCCGCGGAUGACAGGAGCCGGGAGAAAGGAGGAGGAGGAGAGAAGCGCAGACGCCACGGAGAGGAGGAGGAGGAUGCUCGUCGUUUCUGCCGCCUGAGAUCCGCGGAGCUGCCGAUGUAGGCAGCAGUCCGAGCGCAGCAAGUCUAGAGCAGAGAGACGGGGACCCGACCCGGGGGUCUCCAGGUCUCCAGAGCUCCAGAGCUCCAGAGCUCCAGGUCUCCAGGUCUCCAGGUCUUCAGGUCUCCAGAGCCUCAGGUCUCCAGGUGUCCAGGUCUCCAGCUCCCCUGACGCCCGCGCGGCGGAUGCUGAUGCAGCCCGGAAGACCCCUGCCAGUUUGACGUGUAAGCACUCCCGCCGAUAAUGGCCCGCAGGACGCAGCGUGGUGGACGUAAGUGCUUCCACCCUGAUUUACCGACCCAGUGAUGGUCUGCCUCCGCUGAACCUCGGGCCUCUUCGUCACGCCAUCCACGCUCCCACGGUAACCGAUCAGAGCGUCCAGAGUGGCUGCGUGACACGAGCAUCUCAGCCGCGGAUCGGACCGCCGCUGCCGUUGCCAUCUGGAGUUCCUGCAGCGACGCCGCCUGUUCGUCACAUAUGAGAUUGCAGCGGUAGUGCGUGCAGAAUGAGGCUGGUGUGGAAAUCCCUGGACAAGAUGAGGUGUCUGAGGAAGCGCUCCACCAUCCCCUUCCUCGGCUUCCUCAUCACCUUCCUCCUCUUCCUGAACCUCUACAUCGAGGACGGCUACGUGCUGGACGGAGAUAAAAGGCAGCUCCGGGAGACGUCGGUCCACCCACCGAGCUCCGAGCGAUACGUCCACACCUUCAGAGACCUCAGUAAUUUCUCCGGAACCAUUAAUGUCACAUACCGUUAUCUCGCUGGAACGCCGCUGAACCGCAAGAAGUACCUCACCAUCGGACUGUCGUCGGUCAAGAGGAAAAGAGGGAACUACCUCCUAGAGACGAUCAAGUCCAUCUUUGACCAGUCCAGUUACGAGGAGCUGAAGGAGAUCGUGGUCGUGGUCCACCUGGCGGACUUUGACCUGGUCUGGUGCGAGAACCUGGUCCAGGAAAUCAACAGGAAGUUCGCUCACCACAUCAUAGCCGGACGGCUCCUGGUCAUCCAGGCUCCGGAGGAGUACUACCCGUCCCUGGACGGGCUUAAAAGGAACUACAACGACCCGGAGGACCGGGUCCGUUUCCGCUCCAAGCAGAACGUGGACUACGCCUUCCUCCUCAACUUCUGCACCAACCUGUCGCACUUCUACGUGAUGCUGGAGGACGACGUGCGCUGCUCCAGGAACUUCCUGAGCUCCCUGAAGAAGGUGAUCACGUCCAGAGACGGCACCUACUGGGUCAUGCUGGAGUUCUCCAAGCUGGGCUACAUCGGGAAGCUGUACCACUCCCGGGACCUGCCCAGGCUGGCCCACUUCCUGCUCAUGUUCUACCAGGAGAUGCCCUGCGACUGGCUCCUCAUCCACUUCCGGGGCCUGCUGGCCCAGAAGGACGCCAUCCGCUUCAAGCCCUCGUUGUUCCAGCACAUGGGCUACUACUCGUCCUAUAAAGGGGCGGAGAACAAGCUCAAGGACGACGACUUCGAGGAGGACUCCUUAGACAUCCCAGACAACCCCCCGGCCAGCCUUUACACCAACAUCAACGUCUUCGAGAGCUACGACGCCACCAAGGCGUACAGCACCGUGGACGAGUACUUCUGGGGGAAGCCGCCGUCCACCGGAGAUUUCUUUGUCAUAGUCUUCAACAAGUCGACCAAAAUUAGCAAAAUAAAGAUUGUCACCGGGUCGGAUGACCGGCAGAACGACAUCCUUCACCACGGCGCUCUGGAAGUCGGGGAGAAGCUUGUCGGGACUAAAAAAGGCAAGCAGUGUUCCUCCUACAUCACGCUCGGGGAGUUUAAGAACGGCAACAUUGAGGUCUACGACGUCGACCACAAGAUCGGCUACGACAUCGAGUGUGUGCGCGUCGUGGUGACACUAACGCAGAAGGAGUGGCUCAUAAUCCGAAGUAUAAGUCUGUGGACUACACAACCCCCCAGCCAAUGAGGACUCUGCACCUAGACUCUUAGUACAACAUAGAGGCAAAUGUUUUUAUGAUUUACUACGGUUUGUUUUCCCAGGUUUCUUUGUUCAUUUUGUAUGUAUUUAUUAAGAUUAAUUUGUGUUUCUUUUUUAUACUUCGAAGUUGUAAACGUUGGUGGACCAUUUACACAGUUACUGUCAACGACUGUGCAGCUGACCUCAGAGUUUCCUAAGCGUUCAACGGUUCGUUCGUUACACCUGAAGCUGAUAGCGACCCCUCGUCACGCUGCUGGGCGACCUUCUUUAAACAAUCACGAUGCAUGAUUUGUAAGUUGAUAUCUGCUUUUCCAGAACUGAUUGGGGGCUCCGUUGUUCUACACUUCAUCAUCGUGGGCAAAUCUCCCGUAAUCAUGACCCAUCCAACAGAAGUUCAACCUUAAGUUUCCAAAAAUAAAAUAAAAUCAAGUUUGGGAACCUUUGGAAAUGAACUGGUUUUCUGCAUUAAUUUGCUGUAAAUGGUGAUCAAGGGAAAAGUAAGUGAACCCCUUGGGGUUAAUAUCUGGCCAAAGCUCCUUCAGCAUCUCUGGAUCGGAGCCGUUCAACGUUCAGGAGGAGUUCUGGACCGUUUUUCAGUCCAGAACCACCCAGAUGUCUGGAGCCUCAGCAUCUCUUUACACUGUCAGAACCUGACGAUGGUUCUGAAACCAUUAUGUGGUUUCGCUCGUUGUGCUGCUGCAUCACAUCAUCCUGGAGGAGGUUUUGGUAACCAUUGGCUGCGAUAGACUGGCGACCUGUCCAGGGUGAACCCCUGCCUCUCACCUGUAAUUAGCUGGGAUAGGCUCCAGCAGACCCCCGUGACCUUGCAAAGGAUAAAGCGGGUAUAGAAAAUG